GUUGCCAUGUCCGCCCUCGUGAAAUUGGAUGUUUUAUUGCCCUUGGCUUGCCCAGCACCAGCGGGGGAGACGGUCGCUUUGUGUGCAGCGAGAACCACGGCUGGGCCAGAGUUCGUGCCAAAGCGAGCUGUUGCAGACGGGCCUUUCUCCGCGGCGCAGCAUCGACAAGCCCGCUCCCAUGGCCGUGGCUGGCACCCAUUCAUAGCAGCGCCUGUCUCGGCCACGGAGAAGGUGCCAGUCUCGAUCGUGAAGGACGAGUGCCAGUCCCGAUCGCGCAGGAAAGGUCCCAGCGAGCUCUGAAGGGCGGCGACUCGGCAGGAGCAAAGGCCCGCAAGUU